AGAGAUGCAUGACUGAACGUGGACAGCUUCACCCCAAGAGUCCGGCAGCUUCAAUGGUGAAUGAGGCUUUCAAAGCCCAUUGUGCUGUGUGCUCUCGUCCUUGUACUCUAUGGCGUGGUCCUUCUGGUAAAGCACAGAUUGGGCCUUGGGACAGCCUUUCCCACUGGUCCCAGAGUUUGCGAAGAUUUAGGAUAUGAGCUCCCUGGAAGCCUUUUAUCUGGUUUGCGCCGGUCUUUCCGACGAGAAGAGCUUCGCACUGCACAGCAAAAAGCUGGACUUGGGAUAGCCACUCGACAGCGGAACCCAAUGGCAGUGUGGUUAGUGGGCCCGUCUGCAGCUGGCAAGUCUUUCAUGGCAAAGGAUGCCGCUUUGGAUCUUGGUAUUGCAGCCUUAGGCGACGGCAAUGAUGCAGUGCUGGUGGAUGGCCACAUGUUUCGAGUGGCUCAUGGAGGAUACCAAGAUGUAGUCAAAGAGGGUUACAAACUACGCUGUGUUUGGCGUCAAGCUUAUCCUUCUUUGAGGGAGCAGCUGCAGAGACAGAAGGAGCGUCUUUUGCGCGAAGCUGCUCGCAGAAGACAGAAUGUCAUCAUUCCGCACACCUGCUACGACCUUUCUGAAUGUGUCUCCUGGUUGCAUAGCUUGCAUAGGCACGGCUACAAGAAUCAUGUUGUCAUGGUUCUGGGAGAUCGACAUGUAGUGGAACUGCGUGGCAUCAUGCGCGCGCGGUCCUCUGGAAAGCGGUACGCACCAGAGGAGUGGAAUGUUGCUCUCAACAGUGGCUUCGAAAUGAUAGCAUUGGCCACAGGCUAUGCUGAACUGGUAUGGACAACGCCGAACACGAGAUGGAUUGUGAGGCGUGGCAAGCCUUCUGACGUUCUGUCUCAGGCCAGCGAACACGGCUGGUACCUCUAGCAAGAUGCCCGUGGAAAGUGCACGGCUUGCGGAGCGUGGUAGGCAAAUGCAACCUCCAGAGUUUCAAAACUUGACCCGACGGUUUGCAUGCGGUGUCACCAAA